AGAGUCGCCUUACGAAUGUGUUAAACGGUACCAUGAGUGCCAGAGAGACGCCCGCGACCAUGGAGACGAAGGAUGACACCGACACAGAACUGCAGGAUCUGCUCUCUGAUAAGACCGCCAGCCGGUUUAAGGUGGCCCGGGUAUCUAUUAGUGACCUGGCCCCGGCCGGGAGAGACCGCGGGGAGGUGACUCGCCUCACGCCCACCAUGGAGCACAACAGUUACGUCUACGACACCCGGAACUCCAAGAGCCUCGCCCAGCUGACGCGGGAGGCGCUGCCGAGGGCAGAACACUACCGGGACAUCAUCCAGGGCAAGCAUGCCUGCAGACCGACCCUGGAGGAGUUACACGAGGCUCGGUUCUUGGAGAAGGCAAAGCGGCGACAGAGCACUUACAGCAUUCUCAGCAGAGAGCACAAAAAGGGGAAAAUCAUCAAGUUUGGAUGGUUGGAGGGAGUUUAUAUGAGAUGUUUGCUCAAUAUCUGGGGUGUGAUGUUGUUCCUACGGCUGUCAUGGGUCAUCGGACAAGCUGGCAUAGUGCAGGGCUUGGUUGUUAUCAUCACUGCCAACAUUGUAACACUCAUCACGGGCGUGUCCAUGUCUGCAGUCAGCACCAAUGGCAGGAUCAGAGCAGGAGGUAUCUACUACAUGAUCUCUCGUUCUCUGGGCCCGGAGUUCGGGGGAGCCAUCGGUCUUAUGUUCACCCUGGCCAACUCUGUGGCUGUCUCCAUGUACAUCGUAGGUUUCUGCGAGUCCAUACAGGAUGUGUUGAGGAUGUUCGGUACUUCCAUAAUCGACAACAGCACCAACGACAUCAGACUCAUCGGGUCUGUCACUCUCAUCGGUAUUCUCGUUCUUGCUUUUGUCGGAAUGGACUGGGUCACUAGGACCCAAAUGUGUCUUUUGGUGGUGCUGCUCUUCUCUCAAAUAGAUUUUGUCAUCGGGACCAUCCUUGGACCCAAGAACAAUGUGGAGAUCGCCAAGGGUUUCACAGGGUACCACUUAGAAGUGUUCAAACAAAAUUUGCAAGCGGACUAUCGCUACUUUGAAGGAGUUGACCACGACUUCUUCUCCGUCUUUUCUGUGUUUUUUCCUGCUGUCACAGGCAUAGUGGCUGGAGCAAACCUUUCUGGGGACCUUAAGGACCCUAGCUCAGCAAUACCCAAGGGUACAUUGUUGGCCAUUGGUACAACGUUCCUCUCAUACAUUGCCUACGCCAUCAUGAUGGGAGGCUGCAUGCUCCGUGAUGCAGUGGGAAAUGUCACACUUGUCAUGGAGUCUGAGGGGUUGCCACGGGCGGAACUUUACGAGCAACUGGGAGACUGCAAUGGCACUUGUAGAUAUGGUCUGCACAAUGAUAACCAGGCUAUGGAGCUAGCCUCGGUCUGGGGUCCUCUGAUCUAUGGGGGGUGCUUCGCUGCCACCCUUUCAUCUGCAAUCGCCAGUCUUGUUGGAGCCCCUAGAGUCUUGCAGGCACUAGCAAAAGACAAACUCUAUCCCAAUAUAGAGUUCUUCGCCAAGGGUUACGGCGCAAACAACGAUCCUGCGAGAGGUUAUAUUCUCGUUUCCUGCAUUGCAUUCGGCUGCAUUCUUAUUGCGCAGCUGAAUGCAAUUGCUCCACUUCUUUCAAAUUUCUUCCUCGCCGCUUAUGCUCUCAUCAACUUUUCUGUGUUCCAUGCCUCAAUAUCCAAGUGUCCGGGAUGGCGGCCGGCUUUUAAGUACUACAAUGCCUGGGUCAGUUUGGUUGGUACUCUGCUCUGUAUUGCUGUAAUGUUCCUCAUCUCCUGGUGGACAGCCCUGGUUACAUUCUUUGUUGUCAUCACUCUCUACCUCUACGUCUCCUACCGUAAACCAGAGGUGAACUGGGGAUCAUCAACACAAGCACAGGCGUACAACUUUGCACUGAAGUCUGCAUUAGACUUGAACCGCGUGCAAGAGCAUGUCAAGAACUAUCGACCGCAACUUCUAGUGUUGUCCGGACUGCCCAGUUCGAGGCCACCACUUAUUGACUUUGCCCAUCUCAUCACCAAGGGCAACAGUCUCCUCAUGUGCGGACAUGUUAUGAAGGGAACUCACUCGCAGCGCGUCUAUGAAGCUAUCAGCCAGAAGGCCUAUCGUUGGUUCGACCAACAUCGGAUAAAAGCCUUCAUCAGCAUCGCGGACGAGGCUAGUGGCAGUUUUGAGACUGCGGCACAAUCCCUCAUGCAAAUCGCAGGACUUGGCAAGCUCAGGCCUAACACAGUACUGAUGGGGUAUAAGAGCGACUGGCAAACAUGUCCUCGUGAAGAAUUAGACCAGUAUUUCAGCUUGAUUCACUCUGCCCUGGACAACUACUUGGCAGUGGCUAUUCUAAGGAUGCCCUAUGGACUGGACUACUCCAGCGUUCUCCAGGAUAAGGAUGUCGAAAUGGUCUCCUCUUUGGACAAGAAAGACGCUGAGGAUAAAAUUCGACGUAACCAAUCCGGUGCGCAACUGUGUGGCCUAGAGGAGAAUCCAGGUCUGACAACAGAGACUAGCCCUGAUGGAGAUACAGAAGGAGAUGGGGACGGUGAUGGAGAAGGGUCGGCAGAUGGUGAUGUGGAGGCUCCAGCUGACUUGUCACCAGUAGAACCGGAGGCUUCCGAGCAGGUUUCCGGGAAAGUGAAGCUGUGGGCAGAGUUAUACAUGAACGUGGAGGGAGAUCCGUUGUCUCCAGCUGUCAUGAAGGAACUCACGCACUUCCGCCGCAAACAGGAGAAGGGUUUUGUUGAUGUCUGGUGGCUCUAUGAUGACGGAGGUCUGACUCUGCUGAUACCUCACAUACUCAGCACCAGAUCUCAGUUUGCUGACUGCAAACUGAGAAUCUUCUCUUUGGCCAACCGCAAGAAUCAGCUUGAUCGUGAUCAGCGGAAUCUGGCCGCUCUUCUCUCCAAGUUCCGCAUCGACUACAGUGACCUCAUCGUAAUACCAGAUAUCACAAAGAAAGCAAGAGAACAGACGAAGAAGGAGUUUGAGAAACUUAUCGAGAACUUCCGUCCACACGAUGAAAACAUUCCUGAGGAAGAAGAGAAGAACUAUGUGAUGGAGUCUGAACUUCUCGUUCUAGCAGAGAAGACGAACAGACACAUGAGACUGCGAGAAUUACUAAUGGAAUACUCACGAGAAUCUACCUUCGUAGUCAUGACUUUGCCGAUGCCACGGAAGGGCACCGUCUCCGCUCCACUCUACCUCGCCUGGCUCGAACUGCUCACUCGAGACAUGCCGCCAUACCUCAUUCUCCGAGGCAACCAGACCUCGGUGCUCACGUACUACUCAUAGCCUCUUCACCAUCCAUCCCAUUCUUCAUCUAGCGUUAGAAUAAACAUAUUUAUUUCCAAA